AUGAGUUUCAACUUUGGUUCUGCUACUACGACAGCGGGAAUCACGUUCGGCACAAAUUCACCUUCUACUGGUUCAGGAUUUGCAUUUGGCAGCGGUGAUGCUGCUAAACAAGGAUUAUUUGGAGCUGGAAAUGCAGAAAACAAGCCAGCAUUUAAUUUCGCGAGCCCUUCAGGUGGAGGUUUUUCGUUUGGUGCUGCUAAAACUACAGCGGCUGCACCUUCAGUGUUUUCAACACCGGUGACUAGCAGUGCGGCUCCAGCGUUUGGUGCUUCUAAGCCUGUAAGCUUUGGAGGCUUCGCAUCACCACCUAACCAGACGGUUGGCAGUCCAGGGUUUCCACAGAGUGGAACUACAGCAGCGGCACCUACAUUUGGUACACCAACCACACAAGCUACAACCGGUUUCGGGGCAUCACCUGGCACUGGUUUUGGUUUCGGCCAAUCAGCAACCACACAGCCGUCUACAACGGGCUUCGGUGGGCAAGCAGCUACAACCGGUUUUGGCAGUCCACCGGCAACCACUGGUUUUGGCAACCCGCCAGCUGCGGCUACCACCGGUUUUGGUUUCUCUACACCUGCUUCUGGUUUCUCUGCGCCUCAACCUCAAGCUAGUACUGCGGCAACUACAACGUCAGCUCCUCAACCAACCAAUUCAUUCCUGGGCGGGGCCACGACAGGUUUCGGCCAAUCAGCGUUCGGCGCUAAACCAGGCUCCGCCUUCAGUUUUGGUGGGGGUAACACAGCUGCGCCUGCGUUUGGUACUACGCCUGCUACCACAACCACAGCAAGCGCGUUCGGUCAGAAACCAACGCUGGGUUUUGGUGCAAGCAGCGCUACUACAGCUCCUACGAGUCAGACUACGACUACACCUGGACAGACCGGGCUUAGUUCUGGAAUAGGCUUCGGCCAAACUACGGCCACUACUGCGCCGACAUUCGGUACUGCGACUCCAAGCUUCCAGGCUGGACAGUUUGGCAGUUUGACUGGUGCACAACAAUCAACGCCCAUAAACUUCAGCACACCAAGUACUCAACCACAAACGGGGUUAAGUUUUGCUCCACCCUCAACCGCCCAACCGACACCCUCACUUGGAUUCGCAACUACAACACAAUCAGGGCUCACUUUCGGAGGGAGCCUAUCUACUCCAGCAACUACGACUGCGACAUCAGCACCGAGCUUAAAACCACUUUUGGGUCAACCAUUACCUGCUGGCCAGUUUCCUAAAACUACUGGGUCAUUAAGCUUUGCCCCAGCAACUGUUACACCUUCUACGGCUACUACAUCGGCUGCAGCCGGCCUUGGAGCUUGGUCUACUCCAUUAACGACCACCACUGCGACUGGGCUUGGUUUCGCAACAACAACUACAUCGGCCCCGGCGCUUAAUUUUGGAACAACUACAACUACGUCGACUUUGCAGACUGGGUUUGGUUUGACGUCGACCGCAGCGAAACCUGGCAUUAAUUUUGGAAAGCCUAUUACAUCUGUAGCUGCGUCGUCUGCAGCAUCCACAACCGCUCCGUCGGGCAUCAUAGCUCUCGGCAAAACUACAGCUACCACUACAAUGGCGUCUUUGACUACAGCUACUACUACAACAGCCGCGGCGCCGCCACAGAUAGUGACAUCGAUUACCUUCGCACAGCUCGAGGAAAACAUAAACAAGUGGACGUUAGAAUUGGAAGACCAAGAGAAGACGUUCAUCAACCAAGCUACACAGAUUAACGCGUGGGAUCGACUGCUUAUUGCUAAUGGGGAGAAGAUAGUAGAAUUAAACGACGCAGUACAAACAGUGAAGAACGAGCAACAGAGCUUGGAACAUGAGCUCGACUUUGUACUGGCACAACAGAAAGAGCUGGAAGAUUUACUCGCGCCCAUGGAGAAACAACUGUCGGAAGAAAAUGUUGAUAGGCUCCGAGACCCAGAGAGGGAACAUAUGUAUUCACUAGCAGAAAACUUAGACACACAACUGAGACAGAUGUCAGAAGACUUGAAGGAGGUCAUCGAACAUCUCAACGAGACCAAUAGAAGUCAAGACAGCAAUGAUCCGAUCGUCCAAAUCGGCCGCAUCCUCAACGCUCACAUGUCAUCAAUGCAAUGGAUAGACAACUCCAUAGCGCAAAUAUCCACAAAAUUGGACCAAUUGAAAGCCACACACGAUACUCUACGGCGGGACAACGAGAGAUCAUACCAACUAACUUAUAAUUGA